GAAAGGCUUCAACAUAAAAGGGUACUUCUUCUACUUGACAAUGUUGAUAAAUUGGAGCAACUAAAGGCUUUGUGUGGAAAUCGGGAUUGGUUUGGUCCAGGCAGCAAAAUAAUCAUCACAACAAGCAACAGACAACUGCUCACGCAGCAUGGAGUUGACCAUAUACACAGUGAAAGAACUAGACGAAAGUGAAUCGCUUGAACUUUUUAAUUCAGGUGCAUUCAAGCUAGCUACUAAUCCAAAGAGGAAGAUAUACGACGUGUACCUGAGUUUCUAUGACGAAGACUCGCGUUCUUUUGUUUUGAGUAUAUAUACAGCUCUUACUUCAAAGCCUGGGGUUGUUGUUUUCUGGGAGGAUCAAUGGUUUGGAAGUGAAGAUCGGUCAUCAAAACAACCUUCUAAUUCAGCGCUGAAUGUUAUAGAAGAUUGCGAGAUUGCUGUGAUCAUAUUUUCAAAGAAUUAUACUAAAUCAAGAUGGUGUCUUCAAGAAUUGGAGAAAAUAACCCAGUGUUGCCAAAGAACCACAGAUGGUCUCAUUUUUCUGUCUGUGUUCUAUGAUGAUGUCUAUUCAUCCGACAAAAGAUUGUGGGUCCGACGAGAUAUCUUUGGAGAGGAUUUUGUAGACAGAAUCUCGAUCGAGAAGGAAACAUGUUCUGAAGACGAAGACAAGUUCAUGACUUGGGUAGCAGCAGUCACUAAUGAAGCUUCCAAAUAUGAUGAAUUAUAUUCUUUACAUUGCAGACAUAACUCACAUGAGCACGAAAGUGAAUUAAUUAAGAUUGUAGUUACUCGUAUGAUGAGCAAGAAGAGAUACCAGUUCAAAGAGAGCAUACAUUCUCAUGCGCAAGAUGUGAUUCAACUAUUGAAACAAUCAAGAUCUCCUCUCCUGCUAGGGAUGUGGGGGAUGUCAGGGAUUAGUAAAUCAACCAUUGCCCAAGCCAUUUUUAAUCAGAUUGGUCCCUAUUUUGAGCACAAGUGCAACAUCGAUAACGUUGGGGAAGCUUGGGAACAAGAUAAUGGUCAAGUUUCUUUGCAAGAUGAACUUCUUUGUUUUAUUGGCGGAGCAACUGAAAUAAAAAUACCUUCAGUUGAAUCAGGAAGAAUUAUUUUAAAAGAAAGACUUCAACAUAAAAGGGUACUUCUUCUACUUUACAAUGUUGACAAAUUGGAGCAACUAAAGGCUUUGUGUGGAAGUCGGGAUUGGUUUGGCCCAGGCAGAAAAAUAAUCAUCACAACAAGCAAUAGACAUCUGCUCAAGGAGCAUGGAGUUGACCAUAUACAUAGAGUGAAAGAACUAGACAAUAAAUUCGGGUGAAUUCAUGCUAGCAACUUUUG